UCUCCUACAUUCAAACAUGGCGAAACUCUUUGCCAUUAUACCACCACCACCGCCAACGCCACCCUCAUCCUCUCCACCAACACCACCGCCACCAUCAUCAUCAUCAUCUUCAUCUUCACUAUCAUCAUCACCAUUAUCUCCGGUACCGUGAUGACCCGGGAGGAUGGAGAAGUUGUCGGCGAGCCUGUCGGAGAUCACUUGGAGCCCGUUGGCGCUGCCGUUGGACGCGGUGGUCAGCAAGUUCCGUCUGCCCACUCUGGUCCGCCUGGCCCACGGUGAAUGUGUGGAGGGUCUGUCAGAGGACGAUGUGGUGCUGUUACACUCCUGUCGUCAGUGGACCACAGUGACGGCCCACAGCUUAGAGGAGGGCCACUACGUCAUUGGACCCAAGAUAGACAUCCCUCUGCAAUACCAGGGCAAGUUCAAGUUGUUGGAUGAAGACCGGGACGUCAGGGAUCCGGUCCAGUAUUUCUCCAGCGUGGAGGAAGUUGCUGGAGCCUUCCCAGACCGAGUCUUUGUCAUGGAAACGAUCACCUUCAGUGUGAAGGUGGUUUCAGGAGAGUUCAGUGAGGACAGUGAGCCUUACAGCUUCACUCUGCAGGCUGGAGAUGAGCUGUCACUCAUGGGGAAAGCGGAGCUUCUCUGUGCCACGCCCUCAAAGGAAAAGACGGGACUGAGCGCGCUCCUGAGACGCCUGGGAAAGACUCCUAGAAGUAAAACUCCCUGCCUGGUCUGUAUGAACCAUCGCACCAAUCAGAGUGUCAGCCUGCCCUUUGGCUGCCGUGGACGCUUUUGCACACGCUCCCCUCUGGAACAAGGCAUGCUGGGAGGGGAGCACACGGUACGCAGCAUAAUCGAGAGGGUUCGCCUCCCUGUCAAUGUGUCCGUACCUUCGCGACCACCACGAAACCCCUACGACCGCCAUGCGGUCCGAGAGGGCCACCGCUACAAGCUGCUCAACAUUGUCAGCAAGACGGUGGUGCUCUGCAUGGUACUCCGCCGACAGGAAGUCUCACCGUCCCAUUUCCUGCUGCUGCGUUGCAUGCCCCGGUUUAAUGUGGCCGAGGCCUCCGUUCACACAGCGGCGCUGGAGAGCCUCCUACUGCGACACGCUUUCGACCCAGAUGCCUACUCGCGUGCCGUUAGAGAGACCCGGCCAGAGCUGGAGUGUAUGACAGAGGAGUGUGUGAGCCCGCGCCGCUCUCGCAUGUGUGUGUCGGGUCAGGACUCGUUGGCACCGGCACUGCAGCGCCUCUCGAUGUGUGGGUAUGGGGGUGGGGUUUCGGACAGCUUAUCACAGCGCUGUAGGGACUCUCUCGGGGAGAGACUGGGGGAGGGACCAGGUGAGGAGAGAGAGUAUGUGACUCCUGAGUGGACUGAGGCUGAAAUGAGGACCAGUGAGGAAAUCCCUUACGAGGAACUCUGGACCAAUCAAAACGCAGAGGGCUUGGGGAAGGAGCCAAACCUCAUCUCCUUCCAUUCGUCUUCCUCAUUGGACGGUUCUCUUGGUACCAUGGUGACAAGAGUGUCCACCCCGCCCCCUGUACCUCCAAAAUCUGAUGCUGUGAGAGAAGAGUGUCGCUACUUGAUCGCCCCUCCAGUCCCUCCUCGCUGCUCUAAAGGGGGUUCUAUCUCCAGUCCAGCCCCCAGCCCGCCUGUCCCACCUCGCUUCCCCAAAGCCUCCACCUCCCUGAGACCCAACCUCUCGUUCUACUCCUCUGGACUUCAGGACAGCUGCUCACCCUCUCCAGAUGCUUCCUUGUACUGUUACCCGUGCUCCUGGGCAGACUGCCCUGCCCCUAACCCUGCCAGUCCUGAGCCAGUCCCUGCCAUCCCCUCAGACAGCACAGCCAAUCCUCAACCAGCACAGGCCACCUGGGCAGAGCCAUGGGUGGAUUCCUUCACCUCCUCCGGACCCCGACUCAGGCCACCACCUCCACAGAGUCGAUUUGCUCCCUUUGGGGCGUUGAACCCAUUCAACCGCCAGUCCCCCUGCCCCUCGCCUGAGCCCGCUGCCAAUCCCACAACAGAUUCCUCCAGAGGUGCAGAGGGCGGUGGGACGUCCACAGGGGUCACUGAAGGGUUGUCCUCGCCCCCUGACCCCACCUGGCGGCCUCCUGCUGACCUGUCUGCCCUGUCAUUGGAGGAAGUGUCGGCGUGUCUGCGGUUCAUCGGCCUAUCAGAGGCAGCGGUAGCCGUGUUCCAGAGGGAGCGAAUUGACGGCAGCCUCCUGGUGCAGCUGACUGAGGACAUCCUGUCACAUGACUUCCACCUGAGCCGACUCCAUGUCACCAAGAUCACACAGUUCAUACAGGGCUGGAGGCCCAAAAUCUAACAAACACACACACACACACGCACACACACUGUCCUGUUAAUGUGCCUGUUGGCUGCUGAGCCUUCCUGAAUGUGCCUUCCACUGUGACCAACUGGCUGCUGAGCCCCACUGACUGAAGCUGAGACUGUGCUGAAGGAAACCACGCCACCCUGUGGUCAAACUGUAGAACUGACAUUUGAUUGGCUCUCAUGCCAAGAGUCUCUGACAGACUGCAUAUUUCCUGUCUGGAUCACAGACUGGGACUAGUUUACUAACAAAUGGCUACAACAGAGAGCUACAUGAUUUAAGUGCCCUGUUUCAAUUCGGGGCAGAUAGUCAACCACGAUACAUCUUCAUGCUACGAGACAGCAGAGAGGUUAAACACUACAUACGUGUGUGAUCUGACAUGAGGGGAACACAUGCCUUCAUUUUAAACAAAUCAACAGAAUUCCUGCAGUUUUUACAUAUUGCAUAAAUUACGCCACAGUAAUUUCUCACAGAGUGAGAGGCUCUAUGGAGAUUAGAAAGAGCGAGCUGCUGAGAGCUAAAGAAAAAAGAAAAAUGCAGAAAGUCUGAAACCCAGUUAAUUGCUGAGUUUCUGGUACUGAUCAAUGAGUCAGUGAAACAUCUAUGAAUAUACAGUAUUCUGUAUCAAUGCCACUUUGUGCUUUGGGCCAGUGACACUUUAACUGACCCCCUUUAAGGUUACCACAAGAUGUCCCUCUGUCUGUAGUCACAUGCACAGAUGUGUUGCCAUGCUAUAAUAGAAUUUUUGACUGCCUCAGAAAUAGAGUUUUCAAAAUGUACCUCAGAUCACUUCUUCGGAUAUGCUUGAUUUAGCCAUGUAUAAUAUUAUAUGAAAUCACAGUUAGCAAAACGAUCAUGCAGGCAUUUGUUUUUUACUUCUUCGUUACGCAACAUGAGACAUAAGAAAACACACUGAUGACUGCUUGAAAGAAGAAUUAGAAAAAGGUCCAGUAUAAACAAACAUUAUACGAAGUAUCAGAAAAAUAUGAAGAAAGAUCCACAGCCCCAUAAAAUAUGAGACAGUUACAAACUGUUGAAGGAUUACUAAUGUCGUAUUAGAUAUUAAAACGACUGCUCUAGUCAUAAAGUUAUAAAAAAUAAUAAAAAUGAAUAAUUUAAUAGGUACAUGCCUUUUAAAAUUCAGUUGACAGAAAUUUUGACAGGCAUUUUUCACUAUUUUCUUAAAUUCUGUGAACCAAAUGAUUAAGUUUAAAAAAAAAAUUGUCAGAUAAAUCAAUAUGAAAAUGAUCAUUUGUUUCAGCCCUACAUUUUUACUUCUAUUACAGUACAUAAAUACACUUAAAUUCUGCCCAAAACAACUGAAACAUGUACAAAAUGAGAACAUGUGUCAGUUAUGCGACAGAUUUGAUCUGUUGUGGCUGAACACACACAGACAAGACCCGAGUGUCUCUACUUCCGGACAUCAGCAGAUCAAGGGACAGACGCUAUUCAAAUUAAAGUGAGGACAGCUCCAUGAAAUUUACAUGUAUGUCCUGCUUAAUUAGGGGUAUAAACUAUACCUCCAUACAGGUACUGAUGAUAAUAAUAAUGUUUUAUAACCAGGGACUGUAGCCUCAGCUACACUGAGGAUUGUUUCAAGAAGCAACACCAUCAACAUUAGUCAGAUGACUGUGAAAAUGCAAUUUAUGAUGUUGUAAAUGUUAAACUUGUUUAUUAGUUCUUGUGAUUCUCUUAUUGCCAUAUAAGCUGCUGUUCUCUCAUUAUGUCUGAAAUAAUCCUCUUUAAAUUCCACAUUCCCAAAACUCCCAACGGCUGCUUACUGAUGCCAGCUUUCUCAAAACUGUUUCACAUCACAUCUAUGAAACUCCAUAAAUCCUCCCAACACACACAUACACACACACA